AUGCAAGGCCUAUGGUCCACCCACCGUAAAGCCAAAUUGAACCUCAACUCGAUAUCUAGCCCUGCCCCAGGGUCUUCAACCUCUACCGUCGUUCCAGCCCAGCCCGCUCCCGACACUACAGCUCCCACCUCUGUCCCCGUCCCCGCCCUUGACGCCCCCACCGCUCCCCCCGAGACCGUCGGGGAUGGAGACCUCGCCGGGCCUUCCGUUUACGACUCCCACCUGAAGCCGGCGAGCACGAAGCGCAAGUCCCGCGCGCCGCGCGAGCGCGACGAGGGCAGCAAGCGGGCCAAGCUCUCGUCCAGCGCGGUCUCGAAGGACCACACGCCGCCCGCGACGCGGCUGACGGACCUCGGCGGCGUGGACGCGUGCAUCGAGAAGGUGCUUGAGCUCGUCGCGAUGCCGCUCUGCCACCCGGAGAUCUACCUGCACACGGGCGUGCAGCCGCCGCGGGGCGUGCUCCUCCACGGGCCACCGGGGUGCGGGAAGACGAUGCUCGCGCAUGCGAUUGCUGGGGAGCUUGGGGUGCCGUUCAUCAACGUUUCUGCGCCGUCGGUCGUGUCUGGGAUGUCUGGCGAGUCGGAGAAGACACUUCGGGAUACAUUCGAGGAGGCCAAGAAGGCGGCACCUUGCCUGCUCUUCAUCGACGAGAUCGACGCCAUUACACCGAAGCGGGAGAGUGCACAACGGGAGAUGGAAAGACGGAUAGUCGCGCAGUUUUUGACUUGCAUGGACGACAUGUCCUGGGAUAAGAACGAGAACAAGCCCGUCAUUGUUAUUGGUGCAACGAACCGACCGGAUUCCUUGGACGCUGCGCUCCGUCGAGCAGGGAGGUUUGACCAUGAGAUCAGUAUGGGAGUUCCAGACGAAGAGGCUAGGGCACAGAUUCUCCGGGUUCAGGCCGCAAAGCUGCGACUAGAGGGUGAUUUCAACUACACGGCCUUGGCGAAAGCCACUCCGGGCUACGUCGGCGCUGAUCUCGCGGCGCUCACUGGUGCCGCUGGUAUCAUCGCAGUCAAACGCAUCUUCAAGCAGAUAUCAGAAGGGACGCUUGUACUUCCAGAGAACACGAUUCCAACACCUCCACAGGAAAGCGAAGAUGUAUCUAUGGCUGUAGAUCCGCCCGUUGAGUCCCUAGCACCUCCUCCCACUUCCAAACCUAUUCCCUUCGCCGAUGUCGACCUCUCCAAAAACGCUGCCGCGAGCUCCAUCGUCCAUUUCCUCCGUGCCCAUCCCGAUCCCUUGACAGAAGCUCAGCUAGCGCCUCUCUGUAUCACCUUCCCCGACUUCACUCUCGCUCUCCAACAUGUCCAGCCGUCGUCGAAACGAGAAGGAUUUGCGACUGUCCCCGAUGUUACUUGGGCCGACAUUGGUGCACUCCACGAGACAAGAGAAGAGCUUCAUAUGGCGAUCGUCCAGCCCAUCAGGAGACCGGAGCUGUUCAGCGCAGUUGGGAUUGUUGCGGCAUGCGGAGUUUUGCUGUGGGGUCCCCCGGGGUGCGGAAAGACAUUGCUGGCGAAGGCGGUCGCGAACGAGUCACGGGCGAACUUCAUCAGCGUAAAGGGCCCGGAGCUCUUGAACAAGUACGUCGGUGAGAGCGAGAGAGCUGUCCGUCAAGUUUUCUCGCGGGCGCGAGCCUCCUCUCCGUGCGUCGUCUUCUUCGAUGAGCUUGACGCACUCGUCCCGCGACGAGACGACAGUAUGUCCGAAUCCUCCGCCCGCGUCGUCAACACGCUCCUCACCGAGCUCGACGGCCUCGACGCCCGCAAGUCCGUCUAUGUUAUCGCCGCCACGAACCGCCCCGACAUGAUCGACCCCGCGAUGUGUCGCCCCGGGCGGCUGGAUAAGCUGCUCUACGUCGACCUCCCCACGGCGGACGAGCGCGCAGAGAUCGUGCGCAAGAUGACACGCCGCGUCCCGCUCGGCGCGAGUGACGUGCCGCGUGCGCUGGACGAGCUCGUGCGCGUGCACUGCGACGGCUACAGCGGCGCGGACCUCGCCGCGCUCGUGCGCGAGGCCGGCGUCGCUGCGCUCAAGCGCACGCUGGGCGCGCUCGACGCUAUGGAUGCCGAAGGCGGGCCCUCGGUGCAGGUGCAGGUGAUGACGGACGACUUUGCGCGCGCGCUGGACAAGGUGCAGCCGAGCGUGUCGGUUGCGCAGAGGCGCAAGUACGAGGCGUUGCGGUCGAAGUUCGCGGGGCUGCCAGUGCGUGGAGCCAAGUUCAACGAGGCGGCGGCGAGACCUGGAGAGGAGUAA